AUGACUAUCGCGCAAACCGCAGUGUCCGUCCGUCUGUGACACAGUGCGCGAUGGAGCGGGCCGGUGUGUUAGUACUCAUGUUCUGUGCUGUUGUGAAAUCUGGUAUCUUGAGCGGCAAAGCUUUGUACUGCCGGGAUCCUGACACGGGCAAGCUCUACUCUGUAAAUGCAACAUGGCCGUCUACAUCUUUCUGCGGCAACUACAAAUGUGUUCUGAAACAUAAAAACAUCACUGCGAUUGAAUACAAACCUUUGCGACAAAUACAAAUCACUGACGAUGACUUAGCCACACCAAAAGCAGCUGAUAACAGCGAAGCAAGUUCUAUUAUAAUCGAAAAAAGAGUAGAACCAGAAAUGCAACCGCUAUUCCACAAAGAAACGGUUCAUACUGAACGAAACUUACCCGAUAAUGCCAGAAAUAAUAAUGACAGGUAUUUAACUGAAGAUGAAAUCAAAUCUAUAGCGCAGUUACUUCACACUAUCAAGAAAAGCGAUUUAGACGCUAUUGUAGAAAUAUAUAAUUUAGCGCAAGACAUAUACAGGGAAAUGGACAAAACGACAACAGAAGAUAUAGACGAUAGUAUAAAUUCAAUCAAGGAAGAAAAGUCUAAAAUAAAAGCCGACAGAAGAUCUUCUGAUUACAGAAAUCCAUCGUAUUGGUAUGAGCCUUUGAAUAACAACUUCCAAAAACGAGAUCCUGAUUCAGAAAAUCAAGGUAGCAACGUUGUAAGUAGUGUAACACCCCCGAAAAAUGAACAAAAGCCUUCGCUGUACAAGGGAGCAUUGACUAGUGAAGAUUUCCGUAAGCUACCAUACUACUACCCUAUUUCGAACUUCCAAAGAUACGCGUCAUAUAUACACCAAGCUCCAAGGCCUACGCCUCCUUGCCGUCGGGCAAAUGAACAUGGACUUAUUGAUAAAGUUUUAAAGAAACCUGUGCAAGAGCAAAGAGUCAUACAACCCUCUGUGUUACUCCCAUAUCCAUUUUCCUACAUUCAUCAUUACAACUCCAGUGAUUAUUUAAAGAACAUGUACUACGGAUCAAAUCCUUGGGCGUUCUUUGAUUAUUAUAAUAGAAGAAACUACCGUCCUUACCCGACGUACAUGACUCCAAAUAACGCUAUCCUGGUAAAUCCACAUCUGCACGAACCCGUCCCAGAAGUAGAACAGAACAGCGUAUCAAGAGAGGAGUUAAAUAUUUUAGACACGCUCAUUGCAAAAGCAAAGGAAAAUAAACUAGCUGAAUGGCAAACGCCGUCUUUGCCUUCAAAUGUUUUAGACGAAGUGAAAGCCAAUAUAGACCAAUUAAGAUUGCUAAAGCCUUUCCCUUUGAGGAAAAAGGUGACGCUAGAAAAAGUUGGCAAAGUCAUAAAAUUGGAUGAAUUUCGCAGAUCUAAAAGGGAAGCGGAACACGAAGUGAACGACAAAAUUGAGGAUACAUUUUAUGAAGUACAUCUUGAAACUAUAACAUGCCAGUCCGACACGCAGCCUGGCUUCUUCAGUAUGGGCAAUCUAAGCCAGCCCUACCCAGAAUGUUGUCCGAAGAGAAUCGACAAGACGGAACAAUGAACGUUGUAAUGUAUAUUAUAGAUGAUCGGUGCUCGUUUGAAUCAGUCUGUAUUGACUAAUAUAUUGCAUAAAUUAUGCUUUAUAGUACGAGUUAAGGCUUGAUAUACUCCAAAUGGAUCUAGUUUUGGGGUUUAAAUAAACAAAAACACAGAUAAGACAUCUAUAUUAAACUAUAAAAAGUCAUAGUCAUGUCGAUCGAUUUGCCGUCGACUAGUGGACAGUACGUAAUAGCUCUAAGAAGUAAUCACUGUGAUUAGCUAAAGAAUAUACUAGACUAAUUAAAUAAAAUAUUUAACAAUUAUUACAUUUGUAAAGCCAAAAUCGACUGUCGAAUAAUGAAUGUAUGAAAGUUAAUAUUAGUAUGUAAUAAGUCUAUUUAAAUUAUUAUGUUCAUUAAACAUCGCAAUGUUAUUUGCGUAGUAAGCGUAACUAAAAAUUGCACAAUUUUAGUUAUAAGUAGGAUUUUAGAUGACAAACAUUGAAAAUUAAUUCCUGUUUUGAUAUAAAAGCGGUUUUUUGACAUUUGUGCCAGUUUUAAUAUAUUAGUUAGAUAAUAGUAUCUAUUAAUUAGGUAUAAAAAUACGGAAAUAGUAUAAAAUAAUCAGAAUACUGUCAGGGGGUCCUAUUCCUUCUGUAAGGGCGAAUCCGUCUUUUUAGAAUUACGCGCGUUCUAUAAGGACAGCUUCGGUAGCAGUAUAGGUAAGAGAGUUAAUAAGUCCUUUAUUUACCCAGACGGCUAUCAAAGCUGCCCUUCGAUUAGAACGUAAUAGCAAAAAGAUGGAAGACAGAAUAGAGCCCUCUGACCUCAUAGCAAAAUUAUUAAUUAAGAAACGAUUCACAUUUUUUACACUAUGUUUAAAACUUUCAAUAUCAUAUAAAAAUUAUGCAUCAAAUAAAACAUCCUGGCGAGAAUGUAAGCUGGUAGUAGGAUAUUUGUAUUGGCACAGAUAGCGACUGCCGUAGUACAUGGCGUAAAACCCGUCAUAGGGGACAACGUAUGUCGCGUUCCGGGAUCAGUUUGUGUAUAUCCGGUUCAAACAGACCGGCAUAAUUGUGUCGACUGGCGAGGGGUAAUCAUCUAUCGUAAACUAUUUUAAGUUUUACCUGAUGACUGAAAAAUCAAAGUAAGUUUUCUGAGUUACCAUUUAGUAAAUAGGAUUGUGUGUUAUAAAUAUUAUAUAAAAAAGCACUUGUAUAGACUGACAAUAGAUUAAGUAUAAAAUCUUUAACAAAGUAAUUCAUGAACGCUGGCUGUUAAAUUAAACUUGGAUAAUAAAUGAACUACAUUAAGAAUUCAAUGUAUGUAUUAAAUUAAUGAAAAUACUUCUAAUUUUUUUUUAUUUACUAGCUUUUGCUCGCAGCUUCGCCCGCGUGAAGAAGUUUUCCAGGAUAAAAGUCCCGCUAUAUGUUUUCCCGGGAUAGAAAGUAUAACCUUCCCAGGGUCUUAUACUAUUUCCAUACCAAAUUUCAUAAAAAUCCGUUCAGUAGAUUUUGAGAAAAUCGGUAAGAUACAGACAGACAGAAAAGGAGAUUUUGUAUUAUAAUAUAUUACAUAGAUUGUACGAAUUAUUGAAUUUAGUAUUCUCAUAUAUCAUUAUAACUUUUUAAUAUAAGUUUAACGUCAGCUCAAUUCUAUUUGUGCAACGAAAUAUCGAACUAUGGCAGUUUAGAAUAAUAUUUGGCUGUAUAUUCCAAAAGAUAAUUUAAAUAUUAAAAGCCUUAAUUACC